AUGAAUUGGGAUUCCGAGAGAAGUAGCGGUGAUGAGAGCGAGCAUCAGAACAGUGGUGUUCAGGUUUUGCAACUUAGUCCAGUGCAUUUCGUCGCAGGACUCGUUCAACCUGCAGUAGUUACCGACAGUAGACAUUUAACGCGACUAUUUUCAAUCAUCGGACCGUUGAUAAUGAUCGUUAUUUUGAUCAUACUGAUACUCGCCUUCUUCUACCUGAACUACUCACGAAUCAAGCAGUUCUACUCACGUCGAAAGACGCACUACUUCCAUCCAUAUCUGAUAAACACAAACGGGUCAACAAUCCGACCGUAUAUUACAAGAAGUCCAGACGUUUCACCGCAAACUUAUUUCCUUACUAAACCGUCGUACUGA